UUAGGUGUGCAGAGUUUACACAGAUUAUACAGAGUGCGGCCACUCUAACAGCUGCUAGGAUUUACUGAUUAGCAAAGCCUUUCUGAAGCCUUUGGGAAUUAGCAGCAGAGAAUAAGGCCGAACAAUGGCAAACUUUGGAGGACAUGCCAUUCCUGGCUCUUUUUUCCUGUUCUUAGGCUGUUGGCUAACUGUGAAACACAUUCUGCAACACUACUGGAGGACAAGUCAGCCUAAAGGACGACGCAUUAUGUCGCCUUCAUUUCGAAGACUGGACUACACGGAGGGAGGAUUUCAAAUCUUUGCUUCAUUCGUUGGUAUUAUGGUUGAACAGUUUGUGGUGGAUGGGCCGCACGCCCACCUCUACGACACGGAGAACAAGUCAUGGGUCAAGCUGAUGAACUGGCAGCAUGGCACGAUGUAUCUGUUCUUUGGGAUCUCUGGAAUAGCACUGGUUGCCAGUACUGCAUCCAAACUGGUGCCAGCUGGUGUGGACCGCCUCGCUCUCUCCUUGGCUCUGUUUGUUGAAGGGUUUCUGUUCUACUACCACCUGCACAAUCGGCCCCCUCUGGACGCUCACAUCCACUCCCUGCUGCUCGUUGCCGUGUUCAGCGGAUCGGCCAGCACCAUGCUGGAGGUGUUCAUAAGAGACAACAUUAUUUUGGAGCUGUUCAGGGCGUGCCUGUUCAUCCUGCAGGGCUCCUGGUUCUACCAGAUUGGAUUUGUACUUUACCCACCGCGUGGACCGGAAUGGGACCUGACACAGCACAACAACAUCAUGUUCGUCACAAUGUGCUUCUGCUGGCAUUUAGCUGUGGCCCUGCUCUUAGUCGUCUGCAUCUCCUCGGUGGUUUGGUUCACAGUGAAGAGAUUCUCAGGAAGAGGACAGGACAUAGAGAUUGGAAUGAGAAACACAUCCUCCAAAUCAAGCUCCCAGAAGGCUUUGCUCGAAGAGUCGGAAGAAGAGUGAAUGCAUGUUUAUGGUUCUUUGAAGACCAAGUCUGCAGUUUGUACAAAGUACUUUCGAUUUUUUUCAAUCGAUUUAAAUAUGAUUUGUUAUUAUGGUCUGUUUAAGUAUUUCAAAAACACAAUAUAAACCUAAAUGCGUGGCUCCAGUGUAUGGCCUGCUAUCAAAUAAAGUAUGACACCGAAGAAGAGAACAAAUAAUGUAUUAAAACAAAAAUCAGAAAGUCACAACAUUAAAAUGAAUCAGACAGACUUAAGUCCACUUGUUUCACAUUUGCUAAUAUUGCAUUACAUCAAACAUUUAAAGAAGUGACAGAGCAAACAUCUUAUUGACAGUCGUAUAGAUUUAAUAUGAAUUAAUAAGCUGAGACUAUUCAGGUGAAAUAUUAACAGGGCAACUGGGCUUUUGAAAGUUUGUUAAUUACUGAAAAACAACAGAAUGGAAACAGCCUGGAGAGCCGUAGAUUGUUAUAGACAAGAUAUAAAACAAUGUGGAGAAUAUAAUUCAAGAGAUUAAUGACACUCUUCCACAUACUGGUGAUAUCGGUAUCUUUCUGUCAAUCUGAACACAAGCCCAUAGCACUUACUGAGAAGAUUGAUUUUCAUGUCACACGCUGUAAUAACACAUGUCACAUAUACAUGUGGGAGAGUAGAAACAAGUCAAAAUAUCCUGAAAAGGCUCGAGAACACGAAGUACCGAAUACAUACUGUACAGCGGACCUCGAUUCACUGCCGACUGACGAUCACUGUUGAGGUGCAGUUGGGGGAUCGGGGGCACAUUUGGGCGAAGGUGCCGUUGUGACGACGACUGUGGAAACAGAUUUCGGGGAGCCUGACGCCAUGUGCUGCUGGAGCUGCUGCGCCUGGACCGUCUGGAUGCGAACCUAAUAAAAAGGAAGAAAGACGGAUAGUUAGGCCUUGCGAUGCUCUGUGUGUCUCCAACUAAAACAAGUGGGAUGUGAGCGGCUGACCUGCGUGGCCUGUCCUUGCUGCUGAAGCUGCUGGAACUGCUGUGCUGUGACAAAGCUGACCGGCUUGUUCCCUGCGAUCAGCUUCGUGCCGGCGGGCAUGGUGGUCAGGAUGAUGUUCCGGCCCAGACUGCUGAUACUGCUCAGAGGAGAAAGGAAAUGGGACAAAAACAUGUCAAUCUACCAGCCUGACUCACAGCUGUAGAGAAGAAAAAAUAUGUAAUACAUCAAUAAAUAAAUAAAUGAAUAACUUA